AUGUCACGUGAUUUUACGUGGCUGUCAUGUUACUCGCCUACUUUUUUAUAAAAUUGUUAAUAGUUUAUCACUGAAACAUUAGAAUUGAAUUAGAAAGAAGUACUGUUUUAUGGAAGUCGCGUUGUUGGAUUUAAUAAGAAGUUUUACUUGCAACACAUUAAGAAAAUUGAAACGUGCAAAUAAUAGUCACAGAUUUCUGGGUUCUAAAUAGGACAUAGUUUAUUACGACCUUAGUUCAAUAGUUGGCUUGUUCUACUAAAAUUAUAAAUUCCUUAUUUUUAAAAAAUUAGUAACACUGUUAAUAGUAAUACUAAUAGUUCAAGUUCAAGAUGUGGAAAAUUCGAGAAAUUACUGAUAAAGUCACCAAUGUGGUCAUGAACUACACAGAGGUGGAGACAAAAGUGCGAGAAGCAACUAAUGAUGACCCUUGGGGUCCCACAGGAAACCAGAUGCAAGACUUGGCUCAGAGCACCUUUGCAUAUGAACACUUUCCAGAGGUGAUGGGAAUGUUAUGGAAGAGAAUGCUUCAUGAUAAAAGAAACUGGAGGCGAACUUAUAAGUCCUUGUUAGUUCUUGGUUAUCUUGUAAAGAAUGGUUCAGAACGAGUUGUCACUAGUGCACGAGAACACAUAUAUGAUCUGAGGAGCUUAGAAAAUUACUCAUUUAUUGAUGAACAAGGGAAAGAUCAAGGGGUUAAUGUGAGACAAAGAGUGAAAGAUCUCAUAGACUUUAUCCAAGAUGAUGACCGACUCAGGGAAGAAAGAAAAAAAGCGAAAAAAUCAAAAGAUAAAUACAUUGGGAUGUCUAGUGAAACUCUAGGUUACAGAUAUAAUGAUAAGUACGAUAAGAAGUAUAAAGAUGAUUUUGACUUUGACAUCAAUAAAAGCAGCAGCCGACUACCCAAGUUGAGCUUUGGCAGAAGAAAAAGUUUUGAAGACUCUCCAGACAGUAAUGAUGAGGACAAAAAGUCAAAUGAUGGAAGAUUUGAUUUCAAAGAUGAAGACUCUGAUUCUGUUGAAAAUCGUUCAACAAAAAGCUUGGAGAAGACACGGGGCUUGUCUAAAACUAAUCGAAAAAUAGAUCUUGGAGCUGCAGCAAAUUUUGGAAAAGAAACCAAACUCGAGCCUACAGAUUUGAGAGAAAAUACUUCAUCUCAAAUGGAACCAGUUAAGAAUCCUCACUUAGCUUCAAAUCCCACUCCUAAACAACUUUCAGCUACAAAUCAAGAUCUUUUGUCAGAUUUGGUGGAUUUUGGGUCUUCCGCAAACGAAACGGCAACAGACAAUGAUAAUUUUGCAGACUUUUCCCAGUUUCAAAGUGCAUCCGAAACCAGUCAAACUAGCAAACAUGAUGAAUUUGGAGAUUUCACAGUAUUCUCAUCAUCAUCAACUAGCACUGUGACAACAGUUAGCAGCUUACCCUCUUUAGGACUUCUGGAACCUGUCCCAUUAGCUUCUUCUGUCAACCAGUCAACCACUAUUACAUCUGUCCAACAGCCAGCUUCCACCAUGUUCCCUAUCCAUCAAGUUGCUGCCUCAAAUUUGUUAGUUCAGCAACCGGGUCCUCCAAUGUUUGCUGCUCAACAGGCUAUGCCUCUUUCUUUCCCAGUUCAACAGCCAGCUCCUUCAAUGUUCCAUUUCCAGCAUGCUGCAAAUUUGACAUUCCCAGUUCAACAGAAAGCUCCUUCAUUGUUCCCUGUCCAACAGGCUGCCUCUACACCUUUUCAGCCCUCUCAGAAUCUUAGGCCUGGCUUUAAUCAAAACAACACAAUUUUAAUGACUGGCUUCAACCAGAACAACUCAGUAUUGAAGCCUGAUUUGAUGGGGGCUGAAGACAGUUCUACAAUGCAAUUUCCAUCUCAGACAGGAUUUCAACAAAUGCCUUCAUCAUCAAAUGUGUUUGCUAACAUAAUGAAAACUACAAAUACAUGGAGCAACAUGGGAAAUGUCAACAUCAAUGUGGAAGACCUCAGCAGGGGCAAAUUGGCUUCAAAACCUUCACCACCAAGUCUGAAUCAAAUGGCAGUUAUGAAUAAUUUAACUUCUGGUGUCCAGCAAAUGAGUUUUGGUCCAAAUCAAGUUCAGCCAAGACUUGGAAAUCCUAGCAAUGGAUCUCUUCUGAUAGGUGGUAUGCCUCAUCACCAGCCAGGGAUUUCCAGUUCUCAGGGACCUCUGGGAAUGUGAUAAUAAUUCAUUAUAUAUCAUUAAUGUGCUUACAAUUAAAAUAAUAGAAUGUCCACCACCUGUAAAAAUACAAACAAGAUGGGUGAAACUUUCAAUGUGAAUCUGAAAAACAGGUUCAAAGCAAUAUUACAGCAUUAGUAUGUUAUUAAUAUUCAUCUAAAAUUCUAUUCAAUGAAGAACAAGAAAACUAAACUUUUCAUUGUGAGCUCUAUGCAUUACAGUAACAUGAAAUUAUUUUUCUAGUUAUGUUUACUAAAAUAACCUGUGUAAAAUUGAACUGUAAUCCCUUUGUAUACCUACUGAGCUUCAUGCAACAUAGUAAUGUGAUUUAUUUUUUUUAAGUUUAUGGAGGCAAGAUUACGUUUAAAGGUUAUUAGUUAUAUAUAUAUGCUGUUUCAGUAACAUACUUGCAUAUUAUUAAACUGUAUUUUAUAUCACAUUUUUAUUCUUUCACUUGUGACACGUUGUUCUCGUCUCUGUAACUUGCCACAUUUUUCUUGUCUUUGCAACAUAGUUUAUAAUAUUCAAUCCCUCGUUCUAUAGUGCAUGAAAAUAAUUCCAAGUAUUUCAUUCUAUAUUUACUAAACUAACAAGGAAAUAUUUUGUCUUUAAAAUAGCAUGUCUCUUACUUUGUCCUCUAAUUCUGUAUUUGGUGCUAUAAUUAUUGCAUAUGGUGUAAAGAUUUUUUUCAUACUGCGUGCCUGAUGCAUUCUGGAAUAACGUCAGUUUUACAUUUUCCUGUAGUUCCUGUUAUAAGGCGGGGUGUUAUAACCUUCUUGCUGUCAACAGUGGCCUGAACUAUUGGGUCUUUUUUUGCAAUGUGUUUACUCUUGUGUAUAAUGCAUAUUGUGAAGGUUUUUCUACUUCACUGCCCACUAUAUUAAGUUUUUGACAUUCUGAUACAUUUAUAACAAUUUUUUUUCUACCAUAUACGUGCAGGUUUAGCAGAUAGCAUAUUGUACAUCGUUCGCUUUGACACUUACUUACCAAUGGUCUAAAGUUUAUGACUUUGUUUAUUAUACUGGAAAAAAAAAUAUCAGAUUAAAAUUAGUUGUUUCAUCAUAUUGAAAUCUGUUUGUGUGUAAAUAUAUAUAUGUGUGUCAGUAGUAUUCCAUGUGUAUAAAGGUAGGAAAGUGAUGAUGAUAAAAUAUUAAGAGCAAAUUUUGUGUGUUAUGUUAGUUUACAAUGAGACGUUAUUUUUGUAAUAUGAUGAUAUAUAUUUGGGUGUUUGGGUACUUAAAUACUAAGCUUAAAGCACUGUUGAUAUACAAUAUUUCAGUCACAAAGUUAUCAGAUUUCAUAUUCAUAUGAGAUAUGUCAGUACUUGUUCCAGUAUAUGUGGUAUUAUGUUUGAAAUGUUUUCAGAUGGCAUUCAUUUUGAAGAUGUAACUGUGUGAAGUAUAAUCAUGAAUGUAUGUGGUAUUUUAAUACUAGGGGAGAUCAUUUCAUCUGUGUUUAUUGAGAUAUUAGUUUCUGAGAAGUGUACUUGGGCAGAACAAUACAGGAUUUCAUCUUGCGUUGAAACAAAAAUGUAAUAUGGAUAUUGAGUGAGAAAUGACAGUAAUCUGAUUGUAUACUUAUGCAUGUAACAAUCAUGUUUUUUAGAUAUAUAUAUAUAUAAAAGAUGUUAAGCUUGAGAUUACAACAAGAAUCUUGUUGCCUCUUAAGGACAGAGCUUUGAAGUUGUGGCCUUUAAACUGUAUGAUGGUCACUUUUCUUUUUUGGAAAGAUCUAACACUUUUAAGCUUUUAUACCUGUUAUACAAAUCACCAUUUACUUUUUGAAUGAAAGAGGAGCAUAAUGUAUGUAGGAUUUGUAAUUUAUCAUUAUAUCCCAAAGAUUAAUAUUUGUUUCCACAAUUCAUAAACAAUUUGUGAGAACAUAAAUACAAAAAGUCAUAUUCAGUGGUCACAGUGGGUGCCAAAUAUUAUGAAAUUUGAAUAAUAUUUUAAGUCUUAAUUAGGCUAUCCAUAGUUUGUUUUAUCACUGGUGGUCAGAAACUUAUAGAACAGCUCUUGUGCUUUAGAGAAUGUUAACUGACAAGGAACUAUAUACAUUAAGCUCUGUUCUCUGAAGAAUGAUGAUCAGAAACAUAGUCUACGACAGUUAUUGUGAUUUAUAAGAUGUUAGUUGAUGAGUUAUUGUGUACAUUAAGUUUUAUUCUCUGAAGACUGGUGGUUGUUUUAGGGUAAGUCCAGUGCUGUCCAGAUUGUAUGAUACUCUAAAUUCAAGUUUGUACUUAGGAAACUGAUAAUGAGGCUGCUUGAAGACUGGGUGUUAGAAAGUUGCUGUAGAUUAGGCUCAGCACUCUUAAGCUGAUAAGGGUUGUAGAUUAUGCCCUACUUACCAUACUUUUUUGGCAUGUUUCCUAUGUAACCGAGAUAUCACCUUGAUUAUAUACAUCUGUGCCUUUUAGUAUUUAAUGUGACUGGUAACAGUAAAUUGCAGAUUAUGUACAUCAUGUGUUGAGGUCAAAAUAUCCACAGACGUUCAAGGUUAACAAACACAUUUUAAUAUGUUACAGAAAAUGUUUCAGACAACAUUCAAGAAUGAAGAUUUAUCAUUUCCUCUAAUAAAGACUGAAUGUGACCUCUCCUUUACUUCUACAAUCAUCACUCCAGCAAAUUUUAACAGAUCCAUUCUGUAGGCUGUAUUGUGGUGUUUUCUUUUAUCAAAACUGAAUAUUUUUCAUUAUCUUUUAUAUAUAUUAACCAAGUUUUUGUUUUAUAACUGUACUUUAACUAAGGUUUAAUAUCAUAUCCUGUAUUUUUUGUGGGUUUGAGAUCAAUACGAUACACAAGUUACUUGAUGAUUUAACCACUCUCGUUAGGUACUUAAACAUAGUUAAACAGGUAUGUUCAAAACUAUUUUGCCCUUAAAUUUAUAAGAGAAAACUGGAAAAGUUUUCCUUGUUAAAAGUAAAUAUGUAGCAUUGGCUGUCUUAUCUAGGACUGGACAGUUUAAGAAUAAAGAACAGUCUUGCAUAAAGUUAUUGCUCAUUCUUUGUUUUGAUAUUUCUACCUAUAAAUUCUGCAAUGUUGACUCGAGCAGUGGAUUAAAAACUGCAUAUAUCAAUAACAAUGAAUUGCUAUAAAAAAAGGUGUUUAUUCAUAUCUAACAUUUUUGUUUACACAUUUAUGACAAUGUUAAUGGCAGAAAGGUAUUUUUCUUAACAAUAUUUGUAUCAAAAUGGAACAUUCAUCUACCUCAGUAACCAAUAAAUGUAUAUUCAGACCUACUGCUUUGAAUUACUUUGUAGUUUCUUCUGGUUAUGGAUUCAAAAAAUUUUCUGUUUAGAACACAGAUUUAUUUUAUGUUAAAAAUUUUAAAAAUUCAUUACAACAAGUGAAUAGUAUUUUCGAUCAUUUUUAGCUUCAUAUCAUGUUUUUCAGUGGGCGAAAAUGUUUGCAUGCCAAGACUAACAUUUUUGUAACUUACAUAUUUUUAUUUCCACAUUUCCCACUGUGUUAGAUUUCCGUGCAAUUUCACCUUCCUUUUUCUCGGAGCCGUAUACCUCACAUUAAAUUGUUUGGUACUGAAUUGAAGUACACGAGUGCUAAGCCUGGAUUCUUUAAAGUUUUCCUACCUUAAUCCCACUUUCUAAGCAAUUAUGUCUUUAAGUUUUUGCUGACAUUUAGCGGUAUUUGUUUGCUCACAUUUCAGUAUACUUCCUUUGUAAUUUUGGAUAUAAUUUUUUGUUGUUGUUGUUAAAACAUGUUUUAAACUGGUGGUAUUGAGUAAGUUGCUUUUCAAACCCUCAAAAUCAAAAUGAAUUACAGGAAUCGAGAAUGUGUAUAUAUGAUCUACUUUAAUUUUGUUAUUUAAAGCAAACAUUGUAAUAAAACUAAUUAUCGUCCUACUCUGUCAUUUCUUGGCUAAAUUUUCAAAUUUUAUUUCAAUGCUAUUGGUUUUAGAAUUCAUCAGUUAAAUGUUGUUGGAUUAUGUUUCUAAUUUGCCCUAGCCAAUAUAAACACUUAUCAAGACAAAAACAGGAUAUGAACCAAUUAUAUAAGUACUUAACGUGACUUGCCAGUCUGGUUAACCUGGGUAUUUGAAGGCUUAUAAUUCCAAAUCAGAAAGCUUUCAACAAAUCUUAAAAAUUAUAAUCUGUCGGUGAUGGCAAAAAAAAAAUAGUAGUAAAAAGUUGUAUAUUUUUGUGUUUAAAAUUCUUGUGUUCGAAAUGUGCAUAUUUAUAACUUGGAGUACAACUGUGAUUCACAUUUAUUUAGCUAAGUUACGGUGUUUAUUUUCAUAACCAUAGCUAUUGAUUUAAGAACUAUGUACCUAUGUUUUGGUUAUUCUUUCUUUUUUUUUGGCAUUGUUUGGAUUCUUUGCUUAAACACUGUCACAACAGAAAAUUAGAUUGUGAAUACAUAAACAGUUUUAAAGCUUUGUUAUGGGAAUCAUUUUCUGAACAGAAUACUGUAAGAUAUGACAAGUGCAAAUAGUUGAUGAUGAAAAAUUUAUAGGAUGAGUUUAAUAAUGUGAAAUUGUUGAUGAUGUUAUUCUUACAUAAGAGAAUGUUACAGUUGAUAUUGUUCAAGUUUUAAUCCUACUUUUAAAUUUUCAGUUGUUGUUUUUUUCAGGUCUGUAAGAGUACUGCAGUUAACAUUCAAAUAAUAAUAAUCUGACUGUAGGAUUAAUUUUGAAACACUUGCUAUAGUAUGGUGAUUUAUUUGAAAUAAACUAUUUACUCAAGAAAACUGA